AACCUAUCACCCAUUAGUGGGCGUGCAAGUGGGUGUGUACUGGGGUCCUGUGUCUACCCCUCUCGUCCCUUUUGCUUCCAGCUUUACCUCUUCUUCACUUUGCUUUACCUCUCUCUCUCUCGAACACGUAGUCUAUGGUCUUUUGGUUGUUUCUACUGUUCUUCUGAUACCUGUAUAUAACUCCCUCUCUCACACACAUUCAUCUUAAAGAUGGUCUGGACUCGUGUGCUUCUGCUGGCACUGCUGCCCAUCAUUUUGAUUGUCUUGGCGGGGGUUGAAAGUGCAACCGUAAGAAAUGGAAAAGACAGCGAACCUAAGGAAUCAUCGAAAAGUGUUUUCAUGCCAGCAUCUGACGCCUCAAACUUCUUCAAACGCCGCAGUCGCAGAUCCCCAAGUGCUUAUGAAGAGUACUAUGAGCAGCGAGUGAAGACGUCCGCAAAUGAGAGGAGGAGAGAAUAUUUAGAGGAACAAACUACCGAGUAUGAGAACUAUUUAGAGGAGGACCGUAAUGAGCAACACGAGAGAAGCAGAGAGAAGACCGAGCAAUACAGAGAAUUUAACUACGAUGGGCAGUAUCCACGAUACCCUCACCAUCGCUACUAGGCCUGAGACACCCUCAGCUGGUUAAGUUGGUUGGAGGAAUGAUUUCAAGAUCAAGUUAAUGACCAUAACAUAAUUAUACAAAACAUAUAAGAACUUAAGCAUUUAAAAACCUUAACCCAGGUAAUAGGGAGUGUGCGUUCAAAAUUAUAUUUUGUGCUGUUAUCACACCAUUUAAUCAUUUCACAUCAAUCAUCUUAAAUGUAAUACUUUAUUAUCUGACUUUAUAUUGUCCUGUCAAAACUUUUCAGUAUCUUUUUUUUAAAAGAGUAAGCAUUUAUUCCUUUCUCACACUGUAAGAGAAAAGUUGGUUUUACUUAAAAAGUAAGUUAUCUAGUUUUAUCGAGUUAAUUUAACUUAAAGGUGCCAUAGAAUGUUAAACUGCAUUUACCUAGGCAUAGAUAGCAUAUAACGCUAACUAGCAUUUAGGCUGAAGUUCUACUAUUAAUGUUACAGUUUUGUAGGUCCAUAGGGCAAAAACACAAACUUACCACAUCCAUUAACAAUCUCUGAAUAAUUGAUUUUUCCUCAAAAUCUAAUACAGGCUCAAAUAUAUAAGGCCUGUUUGCAUACACACAAAGCUACUGAAAUGAGGCGAUCUGAGAAACAGCCAAUCAGAGCACAGCUCAACAUCAUUAUGACUCUUUCAAAUAAGGUAAUAAACUAUUUCAUUCUGGGGACAAAUCAUAGGGUUAUAAAUGGACAUAUAUCCAUUCCUGGAUCAUUUUUGCACCUAAUUAAGCCACACAUCUUCUAUGUAGAUAUCAGAGAGCAAUUUAACAUUGUAUCAAUGCAUUAUAUGGCACCUCUAAAAAAAUAUAUAGUUUUUACACAACUUUAAUACUUUUAAGUUGAAUUAACUCAAAAUUUCAGGUACUUGUUUUUAAAAUGAAACAAAAUCUUUUUUUUACAGUGCAGAAAUUACUGUCAUUUGUACUUGUGUGUAUGAAUAAAGAUAUUUCUCCUU